CUGAGCUUUUCUGCCGGAUGUCCUAGUACUAUUUGCGACCUCCUUUUGGGCCUGCGGAGCUUGAUUUACAAAUGUUUCGCUCUCCUGGAUCCCUCGGAAUUUAUGAAAACAGAAACAUACUCAUGAUUCACACUCAAGUACUUAAGAAUUUUUCUAAGGGAAGAGGAUCAGUCUCGUUCUGCGAUAGUUAGUCAUAGUGUCGAAUAGAGCAGAAUUUUGAUAGAGCCGUACCAGAAUCCAAGCACCAUGCAUCUAUAACGCGUUGCUAAAAUAACGCGUUAAGCUUGUCAUAGUACCAUCAUGAACACUAUAGAUAAUGUUGAAUCCUAUGGUGCGUGUAUACUUUCUCCCUCUGCUCUUCCACCUUCAUCUCCCACAGCAGUCGUUUGGGCGCCUUGUUGCACAUGCUGGCGGACGACUUCUCUAGACGAGACCACAUGUUUGGAUGCAUGCAUGUCGUUGCUCCGGGAGAGCAGUCGCCUGAC